CUCCCCCGCGCACUCGGGCGUCCCGGGCCGCCGGGAGCAGCCGGGCGCCAUGGAGGGGCUGCGGCGCGGGCUGUGGCGCUGGAAGCGCUACCACAUCAAGGUGCACCUGGCGGACGAGGCGCUGCUGCUGCCGCUCACCGUGCGGCCGCGGGACACGCUCAGCGACCUGCGCGCGCAGCUGGUGGGCCAGGGCGUGAGCUCCUGGAAGCGCACCUUCUACUACAACGCGCGCCCGCUGCGCGACCACCAGACGGUGCGGGACGCGCGCCUGCAGGACGGCUCGGUGCUGCUGCUGGUCAGCGACCCCAGGUAGUCUGGAUUGGAGGAGGCGGAGCCACGAUGGAGGGGACUCCAGGAGCUGCGUAAAGGAGCUGGCGGGGCAGGGCGCCGAGGGAGGCGCCUUCCCACCUCCUGGGAGCCUGGACCUUACUCCAGGUCCCGGGCUCCCAGGUUCACGCAAAACCCAGGGCGUCCGGCCGCUGCCACCACCUCACGAUUCCUGACGGAGCCCUGUCCCCGAUGCUGACCCGCCGCAGGACAGCCGUGGCCUCCCGGCUGUGUCACGACCUUGAGGCUGAGUCUCCGCCCCGUGGACAGAGGGACCCGCGAGGGAGCAUGGCGGGCCGCGUCCUCCCCCGACCUGGCCAGGCCUCUGCCCGGCGCCCCUGCAGCCGCCGCCAGCCCAGCUGCCUCCCGGAAGUCUCCGCUCCUCCCCAGCCUCGCGCCCGGCCCCUCAGGACGCCCACAGCCUGCUGCCAACACUCACCCAGGCUCAAACGACCGUGGGACCUGUGGCCCCGGCCUGGUGGCGAAUGCUGCCCCUGCCCCCUCCCCCUCCCCCUGCUGGGCUCUGGCCGGCUGGGCGCUGACCUGGGGAGCUCGGCGGGCAGGCUGCACCGCGGACGCUCAGGCCAGAGGCGCCUGGAAGGAGCAGCGGGCUGAUCACGCUGCUGUCUGCUGCCCCUCCAGCACUGAGCACUGAGCACUGAGCACUGAGCAUUGAGCACUGAGCAUUGAGCAUUGAGCACUGAGCACUGAGCACUGAGCACUGAGCACCAGGACCUGGGGCCUCCCCGCUCCCAGGGGAGUUGGGCAGGACGGACCCCACUUCUCUCCUGUAGGCGGGGCUGCUGUGCUGGGGACUCAGGUCUCCUGUCCAGGGUGGGGACUCCCGUCCCCACCUGUACUCUGGGUGUCAGCCGAGGCCCGGCCUCCGGAGACCCCAGUGACUGCGGCCUGGUGCUGCCUGGAGCUGCUCGCCUGCGCCCCUUCUGCCCUCCGCAGGGCACCAGGUUCCUGCCCAUUUCACAGAUGGGCAUCGGCCUGGACUCCAGCCCAUCCCUGGAUGAGGGUCCAGCCCUCGAGGGACGGGGAGGGAGGCAGGAUCCUGCCUCCAGCAGGGCUGGCGUGGGAGAACGUGGUUCAGGGCGUUUUGACAUUUAACAAACAAUAUGCAAAUCGCAUGCAAAUCGCAUGCAAAUCGCCACCCAUUCCUGAAGCCCGCCAGCGCUGGCGUGGUCUGCAAUCUUAAUGCCCGACCUGUCCCUGGAGACGGGGGUGCGGCCCCUCCCCCUCUCCUCCCAGGCGCCCUCCCUCCCUGGGUCCCUGUCCCUCCCAGGCCUGAGGUGGAUGUGACCAGCAGGAGGGCUUCCAGCGUCCUGUGCUCACAGAGGGACAGCGUGGCCCUCAUCACACGGACCCCAGGGUCACAUGGAGCAGUGGGCGGAACUCGUGGCUGGGGAGGCAGGACAGCAGCUGGAGUCAGCAGAGCCUCUUCCAGGAGGCUCCAGGCCCGGCCAGCUGGGCAGGGCUGCUGACUGGCGGGGGUGCCUUGGCCUUGAACUUGACCUUGACCUUGACCUUGACCUGCUCUGCCAGGGGUGCCUGAUUCAGCCGGGGCCCCUCUCCAUCUAUGCGUCCCCUUAGGCUGCCAGCUCUCCCUGGGCGCCCGCUGCCCGGGCCAGCCCUGUCCCAGCCACGGCCACAGAGCCGGAGGUCUGUGCUCCCCCACCGCGGGCGGGGGCCGUCUGGGGUGGACGCCGAAUAAAAGACCUGAAAACAAAAUCCAGCUCAACCUCCCGACUUGGCCGCGGCCCAGGCGCCUCCCCGAGCCCCCGGCCUGGGCAGGGCAGCGGGAGGGGAGCCGCCCAGAGCAAGUCCGGGCGCCUGGAGUUUCGGGUGAGACUUGGCGUCCUGGGAGGAGCCGCCUCCGCCUGGCCCGCCCACCGCGUGUGCCCCCAGGAGGAGAAGGGCCUUCCUGGUGGGCGAGCCCAGGCGGCUCCCAGAGGGCCGUCCCCGCCUGCCCGGGUCCUCUCCCUACCCCAGCGUCCCUGCUGCUCCAGGCCCUCUCUGUCUCCCAGACCUCAGGCGGCUGGCCUCCCGCCAGAGCCUCCCCUGGGGGCUGGGUCCAUCCGGGGCACUGGAGAGUGCUGGGGACGGUGUGGUGACCAGGCCACUCCACUGACCCAUGGUCCAACAGAAAGUGCAGGAGCUGCUGGGUGGGCCCGGGGGGCUCCCGGGAACCCCUUGCCAGCUGGAGUGGGGCCUCUCCCGCUGCUGUCCCCACCUGCCCACCUGCCCAGAGCGGGCGGUGCCGCGGAUGGUGGCCAGGAGCUGCUUCCUGACAGAGAAACCCUGACUCAUCCUUGUGCCCGGUGGGGUCGAAAAAAUCCUUUGGGGGAAACAGUCAAAAGGAUAAAAAAAAAAAAAAAGAAAGAAAGAACGAGCCCCAGCGGAGCUCCGCAGCCUGACUCACCGGGCAGGGGCAGACGCCAGCACGCCUGGGCCCGCAAGGAGACCUGCCCAGCCCUUCCAGGGGGCGCCCCUGCCUAGCCACCGAGGGCUCCUGGCCACACAGUGAGGGCUCCAGGCUGAGGCCUGAGGGCUCUGAGCUCCUGAACGCAGCCUCUCGCUGGGCGGGCUGGGAGACCACGGGCCUUUGCACAUGCUGCCUCUGCCCGUGCACCCCAGCCUCCAACUGCACCCUCCAGUCGCCUCCCUGGGGCGGCCCCAGACGUGCUUCCCUGGCUUCCUAUUCUCAGACACCCUGUUCUUUUCAUUCGUGACAUUAAUUAUUUAUAGUAUUAUUCGUUCGAUGCUGUUUUCCUGACCAGCCUGUGGCGCUGUGAGGGUUGAGGCUGGUCUGGUCACUGGGGGGGGGCGCACAGUGUCCAGCAGCCCCGGAGCACCGGCCCCAGUUCCUGCCACCCCUGUGCCUGGCUCCAAGGCUGCCAAGGGGCACGAAGGCCCAGGAUUGGGAUUCCAGGCACUCUGGCUCCCGCCGUGGUGAUAAAUGGGCAAAAUUCAGAAUUAAUUAUUGACUGCUCCGGCAAGCCAGCCCGAUCUCGACAGAUAAAGAGUGUCCUCGCCGCUGCGUCUGCCCAGCGCUUCUCUGGAGUUUAUUAGAGGUUGGGAGGUGGCUAGCCAAGGAAGGAGUCCAGAGGCAUUGGAGCCAGGCAGAGCUGGGUGGGAAGGCCUGGGUCAAGCUGGGGCACUUUGGGCAACUCGCUUUCCCUCUCUGAGCCUCAUUUUCUCAUUUGGGAAACAGGGAAGUAAAACAUUCUCAUGUGUUGGGAUGAAUUGAUGUGAGGAUGGGAAUUGCCCCGAGCAAAUAGAGCGUAGUAUGCAACAGGUAUCCAAUAAAUGCUGUAGAAUCUUUGGGGACAGGUAUCCUAAUUCUCUCCCCCUUUUGGCAGGAUAAAACAGCAUAGGGUUGGAGCAGAAUUCUCACCCAGCAGCAGAUCUCUGUCCCUUAGAUGGCAAAAAUGUUGGGUGGCAAACAGGUCUGAGCUUAAGAACAACCACAAAGGACCAACAGUUUGUCAGUACUACUUCCUCUUCCUACAGAUUCCAGAUCUGACCCUGCUGCAGGGACACAGCGCCCCCUAGUGGUCAGUGAGGGAGUGACAGCAUCUUAGCAAUUCAAUGUCCUCAAGUUAUCCUCACACUGUCCACUAGAAAUAUCCUGCUAGCCAAAGAUGUAAUUUAAAAUUUUAAUGGUAGCCACAGGGG